AUGUACCAACACAAAAAGGUCCAAGCAACUCUAAAGGGCCAAGUGGAUAUUGUCAUCGGCGCAGGCUCAGCCUAUGGCAUUGCCCAUUCUAUGGUGAUUACAGCAGCGAAAUCUGGUGCAAAAGCCAUCUACGCCUGCGAUAUCAACACAAGCUAUUUUGCAGGCCUCCAAAACACCAUGAAAGCCACCGGGAAGUGA